CUCCUACGGCAACCAGUGGCUAAGUCUGUCACUUUCCGUACAGUACUUAGCAGCGAUGGCCAUGUUGCCUAUAGCACCAGUGGCACAUCAGAGGCUUAGCCGACGCUGGAUAAUUUUUAGCCCCACACUGCUAUUAUUCGUGGGAGUUGUCAUCAGUGUUCUUUUACCGAACACUUUUGCAUUAUUUUGCGGCAGAAUUCUGAUGGGGUUUGGAGCCGGAGUACUCUAUCAGGUGAUUCCUAUGAACAUUUUUGAGAUUGAGUCAGUUCCACUCAAGAAAAACAUGGGGCUUGUAAACCAAUUUGGCAUAAUGGCUGGGAACCUGCUAGGAUGUGUAGUAAAUUACUACACAUCACAAUAUCCUGAUUGGGAUUGGAUGGGGUCAUUUGGCAGCAUUGCGAUUUUCAACGUCCCAUUGCUCGUUCUGUCUUUGUUUCUUGCAGAUGGUUCUUUUAUAUUCAGAAAGGAAAGAAAUCAACAUACAAGGUAUAAAGAAAUCUUUCAAUGUCUUAGUGGCCGAAAGUUAAUUCAGGCCCUAGCUGCACAAGGGCUCCCACACGCAGUUGGGAUGGAUACACUGAGCUCGUACAUGCCGGUCAUGUUAGAGGGCAUCGGUGUUUCCUCCCAAGAGUCAUAUCUAGCGGCAAUGACCCUCGCUGGCGUUAGUAUGUUAUGUUCAAUUGUAGCAAGUGUGCUGCGAAGAACAUGUGAGGGACGAGGAAGACUUUUAUUCUCCAUCAUGCGAUCAUUUAUCAUCCUUCUGCAGUUGUCCAUCUUGGUUGCUGUUUUGGUUAUAUUGAAUAAGUUCCGCAUCCCUAAUCCAACGGGCGCAGGUGUCCUUGCAGCAUUCAUGCUUCUUCUUGCGGCUGGUUCAGCGAUCAUAACAGCACCUGAAGGAUGCCUUGCUGUUGAUUUCUCUCAAGAAUCCAAUACCAUUGGCACAAUAAUAUCUAAUUUUACUAGUUUCUUUUUUUAUGUUGUAGUUACUCAUGUAUUUUUUUUUAAUGUUAUGCUCUUGGAGAGCACUUGUAUUUAUUUUCUUCUUCUUUUUGACAACUAUUGUAGGUGUCAUUUUUUGGUAUUUUCAAGAUUGGCAAAUGUAAAAAAAAUUGCUACAUAAUUAUUCAAUUUUACGUUUUUUGGUUUA